GUGGCCCCGGGAGUUUCGCGGCGUCGAGUUUGACAACUACAUUGACUGGCUCCUGCCCGCCGCGGCGGUCUCGCUGCUGGGGGGCCCCGCGAUCUGCAUCCCCUGCGGCCUCACGCGCGCCGGCCUGCCCGUCGGCCUGUCGCUGGCGGGGCCGCCGGGGUCGGAGCGGCGGGUGCUCGCGGCGGCGGCGGCGUACGAGGCCGCGCACGGGUGGCGCCGGAUGGUGCCGCGGCGGCCGGCGGCGGCGGCGGUGGCUGAGGCGGAGGCCCAGCAGCAAGUGUGA